AUGCAUGCAACCAUCAUCAUCAUGAUUGACUCUCGUCCUCCUCAUUCUUUUUUUCUCUCCUUCGGCGUUCCAACACAGCAUAGCAUGGCAUCGCGUUCAUGGUUUGAUGAGCGCUCGGCCGACGCGACUUGGGUGAACAGUUGGGCUCCUCUCGCUGCCAUGUGCUGUUCAUUUGGAGAACACACGCGAGCCUAGUGUGAUAACGCGUGAAAGGCAUCCAUCCAUCCAUCCAACAACACCAACAACAAAACAACAAUCCCCCCUCCAAGGACCAAGCCGCCGCGUAGCUGUUUAGGGCUAU